UCUCCGCUCUCUUGCUCUUUCUCUCUGCAAAACUGCGAGCAACAGAAGAAAAAUACCCUCUCCACGUGCCGCUGUGGUCUCUCCGCCUGCCCUUGCUCUGUAUCUGUUUGCCGCCUGUCGAUGUGCUUCACCUCUUUUUGAAUAGAUUAUGCUGGACAAAUUGCUAAUGGAAAACAACAGAGCCGAUCCUCAUAAGCUGAAAGUUCAGAUAUUGAUGUUUAUGCGGCAGCGGCGACGACAGGCAGCGAACGGUGUACGGUGAGCGGCGAAGGGAAGACGACGAACUGAGUUUCAGAGAAGGAAGAAGAAGAAGAAGAAGAAAAAGAAGAAGAAGAAGAAGUUUGUGGGGUCGAUUGGAGGCGUUUCUCUACUGGCGUUCGCCCCUUUCUCGUUGUGUUUGUAGGGGAUUUGACAAAUCUAUGUCGGCGGUCAUUUCCUGAGAAGAUAUACAGAAAUUAUGCAGUCAAAAUCUGACAGUGCAAAUGUAGUAGAGCGGGGGUCAGAUGCCGUACCUGGAUCUAGGAUUAGCCCAAAGCCAUGGUGGCGAACGUUUGGGGUUUUUGAUACGCCUUCUGAAGGGUUUCAAGAGAACCCUACAAAUUCAUCGUCUUUAAAAUAUUCAGAUGGUGGGUCAGGGAAUAGUCGGUUAGCACCCAGUGAUUCCCUACCUUCCCCAUUGAAUAACUUAAAUGAAUGGAGUGGUACUGCAAGGGAAGUUCAACAGGUGGAACCACAAACAGGUUCCAAUGGCAACGUUGCUCAUGAGCAACACCUGCAGAAUGUCGUUGCUCCAGUUCCUCCAGUGAUAACAGAAUACAUCACCCCACACACUCAGCUGGAACUUGGUCAUUCUGUGGCAGCUUAUCCAUACCAUGAUCCUUAUUAUGGAGGGGUAUAUGCAGCUUAUGGACAUCAGGCUUUGGUUCAUCCCCAGUUGCUGAGUUUGCAUCAGAAUCGCAUGCUGCUGCCAGUGGAAAUGGCUGAAGAGCCUGUGUAUGUCAAUGCAAAGCAAUAUCAUGGGAUUCUUAGGCGAAGACAAUCACGUGCCAAGGCUGAACUGGACAAGAAAGUGAUCAAAGUUCGAAAGCCCUACCUUCAUGAAUCACGUCAUCGGCAUGCACUGAGAAGAGCGAGGGGCUGUGGUGGUCGUUUUCUUAAUACCAAGAAGCAAGACACAAGUUCUCUUUCUUCUAAGCCUGAAAACAAAGAUGAGCCGUUAGCAUCUUCUACUUUGCCGCAGUCAUUGGGUUCAUCAAGUGCUGAGCUUUUGGUUUCUAAACCUGGAGAUCUGAAUUGUUCUUCUGGGCAGGAAGUCAAACAAGUAGCUGUUCGUGGCAUUUGUGAGCAGCAUGCAUACUCCAACUGCAAUGGGUGUUACAAGAACACGGGUUUCCACUACUCAGCAUUCCAUUCAGUUCCAGGUGAGAGGGCUGAUGAAGGAGACUGCUCAGUGCAGAGGGGUGGAAUCCUUUCGAACAUGGCUCGCCAACAGGUUCUUGCAAUCCAGUGACCUUGGCACAUGGUUCUGGGUGGGAUUAGGAACAAAAGGCAACUAUCUUGUGACGUUGGUUGUCUGGUGUUUCAAAAGGCAAUUCAUUCUUGGCUUGUAUGGUUUUGUUUGUGCUAUGCAAAACUGGUUGGUAAGUGGGCCACGGCAUGGACAUUCUACUACUCUUUGUGGCCCCAUUUCUUUUCAUUUUUAGUCUUUGCAAAGACCGUAGUGUUUAAGUGGAUGUAUGCUUUAGGAGGAAGUGAAUGUGAAUGUUUGCUUUCAAGGAAAUGCCACUUUUGCAUUU